UGAGUUUGUUUUGUUUUUUCGACCUAUUAUUCAUUUUAAAAAUUCGUAUAGUUCCCCUGGUGAUAGAGAAAGAAACAAUUGCAAGUUGGUUGUAAAUUGAUAGUUACAUCUUGAGCGUGCAAUUUCAUCAGCCAAUAGUUGGAAUAAAAUUGCUUUUACUGACCUCCAAGACUUGGAAUAAAUUUGUGAUCACAUCUCCAUCUCACAAAAAAAGAGAAUACUUGGAUAGAAUUCAAAAAAAAAAUGCGUGAAAUUGCUCACCUUCAAGCUGGCCAAUGUGGAAACCAGAUUGGUGCAAAAUUCUGGGAAGUAAUAUCAGAUGAACAUGGCAUUGAUCCCACGGGUACGUAUCAUGGAGACUCGGAUCUUCAAUUAGAGCGAAUCAAUGUCUACUAUAAUGAAGCAACCGGUGGGAAAUAUGUCCCUCGAGCAAUCCUAGUGGACUUAGAGCCAGGAACGAUGGACGCAGUACGUUCAGGACCUUUUGGACAAAUAUUUCGACCGGACAAUUUUGUGUUUGGUCAAAGUGGAGCUGGAAACAACUGGGCCAAAGGUCAUUAUACUGAGGGCGCUGAACUUGUUGACUCUGUUCUUGACGUAGUUCGUAAAGAAGCCGAGAGCUGUGAUUGCCUCCAGGGUUUCCAAUUGACUCACUCUCUCGGUGGUGGAACUGGAGCUGGAAUGGGUACUCUUCUUAUCUCAAAAAUACGUGAAGAGUAUCCUGAUCGUAUUAUGAUGACUUUCAGUGUUGUUCCUUCUCCAAAGGUUUCAGAUACAGUAGUGGAGCCUUAUAAUUGCACUCUAUCAGUCCACCAAUUAGUAGAGAAUACAGAUGAGUCUUAUUGUAUUGAUAAUGAAGCUCUUUAUGACAUUUGCUUCAGAACAUUAAAGCUAACAACUCCGACUUAUGGAGAUCUAAAUCACUUAGUUAGUGCAACUCUCAGUGGCGUCACGACCUGUCUAAGAUUUCCUGGACAAUUGAAUGCAGACUUACGGAAACUAGCCGUAAAUAUGGUACCAUUUCCUCGUCUACAUUUCUUCAUUCCUGGCUUUGCACCUUUAACAUCCAGAGGUUCACAGCAAUAUCGUGCUCUCACUGUACCUGAGCUCACUCAACAGAUGUUUGAUGCAAAGAAUAUGAUGGCUGCAUGUGAUCCGAGGCAUGGGAAAUAUCUUACUGUUGCAGCAGUCUUUCGAGGACGUAUGUCCAUGAAAGAAGUUGAUGAACAAAUGCUUAAUAUUCAAAAUAAAAAUAGUACAUACUUUGUUGAGUGGAUUCCAAAUAAUGUUAAAACAGCAGUAUGUGAUAUUCCACCAAGAGGUCUCAAGAUGUCAGCAACAUUCAUUGGAAAUUCAACAGCAAUUCAAGAACUCUUUAGACGAGUUUCAGAACAAUUUACUGCUAUGUUUCGACGUAAAGCUUUCCUUCAUUGGUACACUGGUGAAGGAAUGGAAGAAAUGGAAUUUACAGAAGCUGAAAGUAAUAUGCAUGAUUUGGUUUCUGAGUAUCAACAAUAUCAACUUGCUGCUGCUGAUGAAGAGGGUGAAUUUGAUGAAGAUGAAGAAGCUGAAGGAGAUGUUUAAAUAUUACCAAUUUAUUCAUAUAUUCUAAUGCUGAUAAUAAUUAAUUUAAAUUUUGUUGUAACUUAUUACUAUAUUUUACAUUACUUCUCUUUAAUGAAUAAAUUAAAAUUAAAUAAUGUAAUAGUUUUAAAUGUUACGGUAGCUUUAUUAAGUUCAAUAAACAGACCAC